AAAGCUGUCAAACUGUCAUCAAAUCUGAAUAAUAACACAAAUGUUAAACUAGUUAUAAGAAUCCAAAGUACAGGCGAAGAAAAUGCAAUAAAAAUCAAUUAUUGCAAAAGUUUAGGGGGCCGAUUCGAAUUGCUUAUCGAAUGUAACAAAAAAAUGGCUGUUUCAAUUGAAAUCAAACUGAAUCGCCCGAAUAAAAUUUACUAUGAAAACGAAUCGAUAAGCGGUCUUUUACAAAUACACUGUCCAACUGAGACAAAGCACGAUGGCAUCGUUGUAACACUGGACGCAAUUGUCAAUUUACAAUUAGGUAGCAAAAAUGCUGGGUUUUUUGAGCCAUUUUCUUCGUCGAUAAAACCAUUUCAGUUGCUCAACAACAGUAUUCAAUUGGCCGCGGCUGGCAAAUUGCCAUCGGGUUUUAGUGAAUUAGCAUUUGAAUUUCCAUUGACAUGUGUUAAAGAACCGAAAAUCCUCUACGAAACGUAUCAUGGCAUUUUUAUCAAUAUCAAUUACAUGAUUAAAUGUGAUAUCAAACGAAGUUUUCUCGCGAAAACCGUACAAAAAUCGCAACAAUUUGUCAUCCAAUAUAAGCCAAAACCAAAGGUGCCGCCAAACGAAGUCAAUUUCACAAUUAGCCCAGAAACGCUACAAAAAACUGGCAAAGAGCGCAUUUCCAUUCCACGAUUUUUAAUCACAGGACGUUUGGACACAGUCGAUUGUUGUAUCACAAAACCACUCUCCGGCCAUCUGACAAUUCAACAUACUGAAGUAGCCAUCAAAUCAAUUGACUUGCAAUUGGUUCGAAUUGAGACUUGUGGCAGCGCUGAAGGCUACUCACGUGACGCUACCGAAGUCCAAACAAUCCAAUUGGCCGACGGAAACGUGUGCCCAAAACUACAAAUUCCAAUUUAUAUGAUAUUUCCAAGACUGUUCACGUGUCCCACACUUAUAUCGAAAAAUUUUAAAAUCGAAUUCGAGUUGAAUUUAUUUGUUAUAUUCCAGGACGAGUAUUUAGUAACGGAAAACUUUCCAAUUGUUUUGCAUCGAUUCAAUGCAUAGAUAUAUCAGUUAAAUAAACUUAGUAAAAUUCAA